GCGCCCAUAGACUCUGGAUUUAUUUAUUUUUGUCUAGUCUUAAAUGUCAAGGCAUGAACUAAAGCUUGGAAGACGUUUGAAUGAUAAAAAAUCUGUAUCCAUCUUUAGAAAUGUCGUCUAUUCAAUAGACAGUUCACUUGAAUCAACUACAAGAACACGCUUGAUCAACCUACUUGAGAGCAAUGGUGCAGUUUCCGCAGAUAACGAUAAUACAUUCAACUUGUACGUGUCUUUAGAAAAGAGUUUAGAUCAGCCUAAUGUGCAUUCUGUCACUCCUCUUUGGAUAGAAACAGCCAUUACUAAUGGAUUUGUACAUGAGACACAAUAUUACUCACCAUCCAAACCUAACCAGUUCUUAUCAGGUGUUGUCUUGUUUAUUUUAGACAUAUCUGAAGUAGACGUCCAAAGAUUGACUGAAGAGAUAAGGGAACAUGGAGGACAAGUCCGUAAUGAUCUGACAGAAGAUAUCACACACUUGCUUUGUAUUAACCCAAGAGGAGCAGAAUAUCAACACUGUAUAGACCAUCGCAUUCCGGUAGUGUUACCACAAUGGCUAGAUGACUGUUUAAGAUUUGGAGAAAAGAUAGAUAUCACUUCAUAUCGGUUUCCAACUCCCACUGUAUAUAACCCAACAUUACCUGCAACCAUUCAUCCAUAUCCAAAUCAAGAUCAUCUAAAAGAUGCUACAGAUUGUACAGUUUUAGCAGAUCAAGUCAUAUACUUUGGUACUGAUAUCCACGUCAAGGACAAUUUUAAAUCUCGAUUGAUUCAAUGUAUAAAACGUGCUGGAGGAGCAGUAUCAACUGACUAUGAUACCCCUGUUACCAUUGUCAUCUUGAAGCAUCGAUCAACAGAAGAAGGCAUUCAGGCAUUUCAGGAUAACAAGACCAUUGCAAGCCUGUGGUGGCUAACCAACACACUAGCACGAGGAUAUGUGCUGUCGCCUUUGAGUACUCUUCUGGACUAUCCUGUUCCACAAGGAGGUAUUCCCGGUAUGGACCAUUUACAUGUCUCUAUCACAGGAUACAGAGACGUGCCCAGAGACUUUCUUCGAAGGCUCAUCAUUCAUACAGGCGCCGUUUUCAAUCCUUUGAUGGACCAACAGGCGACACAUUUGAUUUGUGGAUCGAAAAAGAGCGAUAAAUAUAAAGAGGCACUCAACAGAAGCAUGACGAUCGUCAAUCAUAUCUGGCUUGAAGAAUGCUAUCAGCAGUGGAAGAUAUUAGAUUGUGGUCACAAACGAUAUGGAUAUAUUCCAGAAAAGAGUAACGUAUUAAAUCAAACAGUGGGUAGAACCCAUCUGUUGCAUGAUAAAGCAAAGCUCUGGAUGAAUCCUCAGACAGUGCCAGAUUAUUCAAGGUCUAAGCAUAUUUAUGAAAUCAUCAAUGUUAACGAAAAGGGAUCCAUUGAUAUUGUCAAUCCAAGAAAAGCAGCAGUCAAGGCAAUACGUGUCCUAAGUAACAUUGUGAUGCCUGAUAUGAACGCAUAUGAAAAAGAGGUAAAGUCUUCCAAUUGGCCAAGUCAUAAGAAGCAAAAGACAUAAUGCAUAUUGUAAAAGAAAU